CCUCUGACCUGCUCAGACGCUCAGGCAGCAUGCAGCACUCGCUCCCAUCAGACCGACCUGCAGCAGCUGCCCUGACAUCACUCACCUCUCACUGCGGGACACCUGGACGUGUGCUGGAGCCGCAGCGGGACUUCUUCUUCUUCUUCUACUCUUUAAGGAGGAGCAUAAAUAACGACUUUGGAAAAGAACGGGCUCUUGGAUGUGUUUUGGCUCGUGGGGAUUUUUUUUUCUCCCUCUUCCUGAAGGUGUCAUCACCUGGAUUUUGUCUCCUGAGACGUUUAUUAUUUGUGGUUUGAAGUCAGACUGGAAAGUUUGAGACUGGACUUAAAGUGAAUUAAAGUUUUUAUCUUCGGAACAGACGCUGCUGUGGGAGAGAAGAUGUUCUGCUCCAGGAGAGUCCUGCAGCAGUGGUGCUUCGCUCUGUUCCUGCUCUGCUCUCCUGUGCCGCACUUUGGACGCCCCAUCGAUGCCCUCAGCAGCAGAAUAAAGCGGUCAGUGACUCACGCUCAGCUGAUGCACGAUAAAGGCCGGGUGAUGCAGGACUUGAAGCGGCGGAUGUGGCUGCAGGAGCUGUUAGACGAAGUCCACACGGCUGAGAUCAGAGAACUCUCGGCCCGGACGACUGCGGGAGGCGGGAGCAGCAGCGGGGUCGGGCUGUCCGGGGUCGGCCUGGGAAUACACUUGAGCACCACCGGCAGCACCCUUCACUCCAAACCCCCCGGAGGAACCAAGAACCUGCCCAUCAGCUUCAAACUGGAGGAGGAGGAGGGCACCAACCUGCCGCAGGAGACCAACAAGUCUCAGACGUACAAAGACGGCGUGCUGAAGGCAUCCGGGAAGAAGAAGAAGAAAGGGAGGUCCGGGAAGAGGAGGGAGGGGGAGAAGAGGAAGAGGAGGGCGCGCUCGCUCGGGUGGAGGCCGGAAGACGAGCAAGGAAGUGGACUCCACCUGGAGUGGAGGUCUCUGCUCGGACUGCAGAGGGCGCUGCUUUAAAAACGCUGUCAGUCUCUGACAAAGAAACGUUCGGACAGUCGCAGUGGACUCCUAAACUCUCACGUUGCAGUUUUCUGUAAAAGUGAUUGUUUGGAAAGAAAUUGGAAAAUAUUUAUUGUUUGUAAAUAUUCUAAAUAUAGCAGAAAUAGCAGAAUAUGAUUAAAAGAUCUUAUUUGAUGCUGUGUGAGGCGACAGAUUUUAAUCUUUGUGAAUCCUUGCUUUUUUUCUUUUUUAUUCCAAUUAUGUCGGAUUUUUUUGCAGUAAUUUAUUUUGUCUGAAUGGUGUAUUUAUUUUGUAAAUGUAUCGAGGUGCUGCUGACCUUCUAUAUUUUUGUACCAUAUUGCACUUUAGAUAUAUAAAUAUAAAUAUAUACCAUUAAUUUUGUUCCAUGAUCGUUGAUGUGGUUUAUUGAAAUGAAGAAAAAACGACGGUUGUCACUCUUGUGUGAUUUUUCUCUUUGAUUUUUGACCUUUGGCUGUCCACACGUCCUGUUUUUUUUGUUUCUUCGCUGCUGUUUUUGUUUCUGAUGGAAGCUGUUUGUUGUCUCACGUUUGUGUUCGACCCUCCUGCCGCCUUCAGUGUUUCCUCCUCCACCCGCUCUGCUUCUCAACGCCAAAGUUCAUCUGUGUACAUACACCAAACACGGCUCGAUAUUGUUGUUUCAUUGGCACUUGCACUGAUAUAAACACCGUGUACUGAACAGAUUAAACAUUUGACAGUA